AUGACGCAGUUUUUACCACCAAAUUUGCUCGCGCUAUUCGCAGCGAGAGACCCUAUACCAUAUUUGCCGCCGGCCGCUAAAUUACCGCACGAGAAGAAACAAAAAGGCUACGAUGGAGUCGGCGCUUUCCUUGACGUGUUUGAGCACCCAUCAGAAACUCCACCUCCUACUCGCGUGGAAACUAGAGAAGAGAGAAUUGAACGGCGACGUCGGGAGAGAGCUGAGCAGACAGCUUACAAGUUGGAACAGGAGAUAGCUCUAUGGGAUCCAAGUAUUAAUCCUCGGGCGACUGGAGAUCCUUUCAAAACACUCUUUGUAGCUAGAGUUAACUAUGACACGUCUGAAUCCAAACUCAGAAGAGAGUUUGAAGGAUACGGACCCAUUAAAAAGAUCUAUCUCGUAUACAAUAAGGAAGAUGGAAAGCCUCGUGGCUACGCUUUUAUUGAGUACGAACACGAACGGGACAUGCACUCCGCGUACAAACACGCCGAUGGAAAGAAGAUUGACGGCAAACGAGUUCUCGUGGACGUCGAGAGGGCCAGGACUGUCAAGGGCUGGCUUCCGAGAAGAUUAGGUGGCGGUCUAGGCGGCACCAGACGGGGAGGAAACGACGUGAACAUCAAACACUCGGGCAGAGAAGAUAACGAACGAGAGAGAGAGAGAUAUCGGUUGGAGCAGAGGGACAGGGACAGAGAGAGGGACGAGAGAGUCAACAGGGAGAGGGAACGUCCGGCUCGUAGGAGGUCACGGUCCCGUUCUCGACGGCGUUCGACGUCACGCGCGCGCAGGAGGGACCGCGAGAAGAGAGAGGAGGAGCCAGCCGAGAGGCGUCGCCGUCGUUCGCGCUCGCGCUCAGAGAGACGUCGCGAACGACGCGAGAGAGACAAGGACAAAGACAAGGAUAAGGAUAAAGACAGAGACAGGAGACGCCGACGCGACAGAGACAGGAAGGAGACGAAGGUCAAGCCGGAGGACAUUAAGAUCAAGGAGGAGCCGCAGGACGAUUAUCCCGAGUUUUCGCUGCCACCUCUGGACGUUCAGAUCAAGCAGGAACCCGAAGACGAGAACAAGUAUAACCCGGAGGACGCGAAUGGCGACGAUUACUAUUAG